AUGAAUGAAGUCGAAGAUGUCCAGCCCGGACACAUUUACCAGCCGGGAAACAAAAAGGAAGUGCGUUUGGUUUAUCGUAUUUUGUCGGGGCCUUAUUGCGGCAGACACCAGAAGUCUUUUUCUUUAACGAAGUGGGGCCCCUCGGGGGCCUGGGAAGCAGCAAGAGAAGCCCGGGCCUUCAUGCUGGACACUGGAAAGCUGCCUCCCUUUUUUGCUUCUCCAUAUUCCCGCAGCCGCUUGACAAAUGCUUCGGCCAACGGUGGCUGUGCUGCUGCGCUGCUGCUGACGCAUCUGCAGCAGCAGCAGCAGCAGCAGCAGCAGCAGCAGCCGGCUGCAGCGGCUGCUGCUGCGGCUGCCGCCGCUGCGGGGGGAGCCGCACUUGGCGCGAAAACGGCGGGCAGCAGAAAGGCUCAGAAGAGGAACAGGCUGCAGCAGCAGCAGCAGCAGCAGCAACUCGCCCUGCCCGAGCGAAGAGCAGCUAAUGCUGCUUCCGCAGCUGCUGCUGCUGCUGCUGCUGCGAGUUUGCAGACGCAAGCUGCUGCCUCGCUGCUGCCCCUCAGCCCGACUUUGCCUCAGGAUAAUCCAGAGGGUUCAGCAGCAGCAGCAGCAGCAGCAGCGCCGCUGCAGCUGCUUUCCGCCGUCUACCGCACGCAGCGGCAGCAGCAGCAGCAGCAGACAGCAGCAGCAUCAUCCGAUGCAACGGCAGCAGCAGCAGCAGCUGCUGCUGCUGCAAUUCCAUCAAGGCCACAAACAGCACUCGACUUGGCAGCGCUCAGUCUGCUGUCUGCCAGGUCCGAGCUGCAGCAGCAGCAGCAGCAGCUGCAGCAGCAGCAGCACGGUGACGCGGCGGCAAAGGCCCCCGCACUGUUGCUGCUGCAGCAGCUGGCCAGCCAGGACCCUUGUGCUGCUCUUUUGAAGCUGCUGAGUGGCGCAGACGCCGGUUCCACCGCUGCUGCUGCUGCUGCUGCUGCUGCAGUAAGCCAGCAGCAGCAGCAGCAGCAGCAGCAGCAGCAGCAGCAGCAGCAGCAGCAGCAGCUAAAGUCUCUCUACGACAGCCCUGAAGUUAACUACGCAGAGCUGCUGGGGGGCAGCCAGCCAGGGCGAGUUGUGGGGUCACCCAGGGGAGUAGAGGCGGCGCAGCAGAGCUUGCCGCCAGCAGCAGCAGCAGCAGCAGCAGCAGCAGCAGCGCCACUGUGCUUGAAUGCUGCUGCCUUUGAUAUACUGCCAAAGGCAGAAGCAGGGGCCCUCGACGCUGCUGCUGCAGCAGCAGCAGCAGCAGGGCAGGGGGAGAAGCAGCAGGCUAAGGAGGGCGACUUGCUGCUGGACGUGCUCACUGCUGUUGAGCAGCAGCAGCUGCUGCUGCAGCAGCUACAGCAGCAGCAGCAGCAGCAAAGCCCGCAGCAGCAGCUGCUGAGUCCUCAAGAAGACAUCCUUGGCUCUCUCCAAUCUCUUUUGGGCCUCUUGGGGUCUCUAAAGAGAGAAGACGGCAAGCCGCCGCCGGAGCAGCAGCAGCAGCAGCAGCAGCAGCAGCUGGAGCAGCUGCAGCAACUGCAGCAGCUGCAGCUGUUGCCAGAGGGGGCGGACUUGCUGCCGCUGCUUUUGGGGCAGCAGCUAGCCGCGAGCCAGCACGCGCUGCUGCAGCAGAUGCAGCAGGAGGCGCCGGCUUCAUCAGAAGAGCAGCUGCAGCAGCAGCAGCAGCAGCAGCAGCAGCAGCAGCUGAGCUCGGCUUAUGCCUUUGCGUGUGAGGCGAGCCAAGACGGGAGAGAUAAGGAGCAGGUCUUUUCUGCUUCUCUGCUGCGCCUCCUGCAGGAGCAGCAGGAGCAGGGAGUCGGUGCAGCAGCAGCAGCAGCAGCAGAAGCAGCAGAAGCAGCAGCAGCAGCAGCAGCUCCUACUGAGUCUAUCGCGCAGAGCAGCACGCCAGACGUGUUGACGCAAUCGCAUUUGGGGGACAGCGAAAAGAGAGCAGAGACUCCCUGUGGCUUCGGCGACAGCAGCAGCAGCAGCAGCAGCAGCAGUGCUGUCAGCUCCAUGGCCACAAGCGCACCAAAUGCUGCUGCUGCUGCUGCUGCUGCUGCUGCUGCAGUUGCUGGAGUGCCAGCAACAGCGAAGGCAACGCGCAGGAACACCGAAGCGCCCGAAGCAACAACAGCAGCAACAGAAGCAGCAGAAACUGCAGCAGCAACAGCAGCAGCAACGGCAGCAGCAGCUUCUGCGGCCCCGUCGGGCCAGCAGGUGCAGCAGCAGCAGAAGCGGCUUAAGCGAGAGCCGCUGUCUACCCCAGAAGGGGAGCGACCAACUGCUGCUGCUGCACCAGCUGCUGCUGCUGCUGCUUCGGAAGCGCACGCGCUUCCCACUGCUGCUGCUGCUUCUGCAACCCCGGCAGCAGCAGCAGCAGCAACAGCAGACUCCGCUGCUGCAGCAGCAGCAGAUUGGCCCUCUGAGUUUGGCUCGCAGCUGGUGGGCUGCGGCCUGCUGUGCUGA